CAUUUGUACAGCAUCUAAGAUGUGCAAUAUAUAAUAAUAAAAUAUUAAUGAUGUAUUGAUUACAUUAAUGACGGCUUCACCUAAUUUGCAUAAUUGGCCAUGUGCAUGUCAUUGUCAUGGUCGGGAGAGAAAAACACCUAAAUAUAAUACGACAAAUGAACUUUCUCCUGUCGAGUCUUUUUUAAAUAUCACAAUAAAUUCUGUGACUUAUUUUAGACAAAGACAAUUUUAGAUAUACAUCCCGCCCUGGGAUGAUGAUAUUAUAUUAUUAUUAUUAUUAUUCUGAUUACGUCAUCACAGUAGCUUGUGAAACACGAUAACUCGACGUUCUACCUGUGACGUCACGCGCACACGACAUGGAACAGAACCACGUGGGAACGAGUCUGAAGGGUCCGUCCCCGCAGCAGCGGGAGCUUUAUUGUGAAGGUCGCUACCGGAAGCAGUCAGCCCGAGUGAGACGUGUUGUCUGAGCUGCUCGGUUGGUCCCGGACAGACGGAACCAUCAUGUCCCCGCUGCUGCUGCUCGGCCUCGGGCUGCUGCUGCUGCUCGGCCUCGGGCUGCUGCUGCGCCGCAGGAACAGAAGAGACGGUGAACCUCCUCUGAUCACAGGCUGGAUCCCCGUCGUUGGAAAGGCUCUGGAGUUCGGAAGAAAUUCAUAUAAAUUUCUUGAAGAACAUAAGAAGAAGUUUGGAGACAUCUUUACAGUGCAGAUUGCAGGUAAGUACAUGACCUUCAUCAUGAAUCCUUUAAUGUAUCCGAACAUCAUCAAACAUGGACGACAACUGGACUUCCACGAGUUUGCCAAAAAGAUUGGUCCCAUUGCCUUCGGCUACCAGUCCGGCGUUUACAAAACGUUCCCCGGCCUGCAUGAGAAGAUCCAACGCGCCUUCCUGCUCCUCCAAGGAGACAAUCUUCCGUCCCUGACAGAGAGCAUGAUGGGAAACCUCCUGCUGGUGUUUCGUCAGGACCACCUAGGCGAGAGGCCGGGGGAGGAGGGUCCCUGGAGGAGCAGCAGUUUAUAUAAGUUUUGUAACUCAGUCCUAUUCGAAGCCACCUUCCUCACCAUGUACGGCAGGCCGCCGUCCACCAGCCGCCACAAUAACAUGGAGUUCCUAAGGGAGAACUUCACCACGUACGACAACAUGUUUCCUUUGCUCGCGGCUCAGAUCCCGAUCUGGCUGCUGGGACAGACCAAAGCGGUCCGCGAGAAGCUCAUCAACGUCUUACUGCCGCAGAAGGUGUCCUGUUGGUCCAACACUUCCCAGUUCAUUAAGAGGCGAUCAGAGAUCCUUGAUCAGGUCGACCCACUGACGGAAUUCGACAAAGGAGCUCAUCACUUUGCGAUCCUGUGGGCGUCUGUGGCAAACACGGUUCCCGCCUCCUUCUGGACCCUGUACUAUCUGGUGAGCCACCCGGACGCCCUGGAGCGGGUCCGCAAGGAGAUCAAGGACGUCCUGGUCCACGACAGAGUCGAGUUCAGCAGCGACAGAGACGUGUCGCUCAGCAUCAAGCAGCUGGACAAACUCCUGUAUCUGGAGAGCGCCAUCAAGGAGAGUCUCCGUCUGUCCUCGUCCUCCAUGAACAUCCGCAUGGCAUUGGAGGAUUUCACUCUGCAGCUGAGCAGCGAGUGGUCGGAGGCCAUUAGAAAAGGAGACUUCAUCGUUCUGUACCCUCAGUGUGUGCACAUGGACCCGCAAAUCUACGAGGAUCCUGAGACGUUCCAGUUUGACCGCUUCAUGCAGGACGGCAAAGAGAAGACAGACUUCUACAAAGACGGUCAGAAGCUGAAGUAUUACCUGGUGCCGUUCGGCACCGGCUCCUCCAAGUGUCCCGGACGAUUCUUCGCCAUCAACGAGAUCAAACAGUUCCUUUGUAUGCUGCUGUUGUACUUUGACGUCCAGCUGGAGGAGGGUCAGGUCAGACCAGGUCUGGACUACAGCAGAGCUGGACUGGGAAUCCUGCCACCAACCGACGAUGUCCUCUUCCGCUACAGACUGCGAACGGCUGCACCUGGACCGAAACCGGCUCAGUGAUGCUGCUGUGUGUUAUUGUAUAUGACACUGGUGUUUCCCACUGUGGCGUCUCUACUGUAGACACGACCGAGUCAACUCACAACAUACAAAUUGAAAGGUUUUUGUUAAUUCACCUCAAAAGUGACUUAACUUGAUUCAAGUCUGAAAGUGAAAAAUAGUGCCAGGUUGUGUGCUAGUUGGAAAAGACAAAUCGCUGUGGAGAGUCCGAAAAGAACUCUGGGUUUUUCCUUUACAGAGGGCGGAUCCAAUAAUUAGCUUUGUUGGGUAAAAAGGUUCCUUUAUUAUUGGUGUUGGGACUGGUCAGAGUUUAUAUGUGGUUUCUGAAACAUCCAGAACAGAGUAUAUACAUAUACUACAUGCAGUUAAGGUUUAACCAAUAUACAUGUUAGUUGUAACAUCUGUAUGCUAAACGCAACAUAUACUUCUUCACGAAAAAAACUGUUUCAAUGAACUACACAGCCCUAACUUACACGCUGUAGCCAUAAACAGUGAUAUUGAUAACCAAAAGGCAAAACAAUGCUCUUUACUCCAAAAUUCACCUGAACUGGUACAGAGCUCACUCAAACUCUUUUAUCACUUAUGUACGUAAAAUACAACAAACUAAAAGACAACUUACAUUUUCCGUGGAUGCACAUAUAAAAUUUGAACUGCAACUAAUGAACACAAACUGAACUGGACUACUGGACUACUGGACUACUGAACUGGACUACUGGACUACUGAACUGGACUACUCGACUACAGGACUACUGGAUUACUGGACUACUGGACUACUGAACUGGACUACUGGACUACUGGAUUACUGAACUGGACUACAGGUCUACUGGACUACUGAACUGGACUACUGGACUACAGGACUACUGAACUGGACUACUGGACUACAGGACUACUGGACUACUGAACUGGACUACAGGUCUACUGGACUAUUGGACUGCAGGACUACUGGACUACAGGACCACAGGACUAUUGGACUACAGGACUACUGGACUACAGGACUAUUGGACUACAGGACUACAGGACUACUGGACUACAGGACUACUGGACUACAGGACUACAAGACUACUGGACUACAGGACUACAGGACUAUUGGACUACAGGACUACUGGACUACUGGACUACAGGACUACAGGACUACUGGACUACAGGACUACUGGACUACAGGACUACAGGACUACAGGACUACUGGACUACAGGACUACUGGACUACAGGACUACAGGACUAUUGGACUACAGGACUAUUGGACUACAGGACUAUUGGACUACAGGACUACUGGACUACAGGACUACUGGACUAUUGGACUACAGGACUACUGGACUACAGGACUACUGGACUAUUGGACUACAGGACUACUGGACUACAGACACUGCUGAUGUAUACUUUACAGUGAAAAGUGCUCUUAGAUGAAAUGUAUUAUUAUUAUUAUUACUGCAUAUUAUUCUGUAAGUACUGUAUGAAACAGAAGGAAGCUCAGUCAGCUGAACUCUUCACUCACUUUUAAUCAUUUGUUUAAAUUUGACUGUUUUUUUUCUGCCUCUGACAUUUCAAUAAACCCUGUUUCAUCUGUA